AUCCCGUAAAAACCUGAAAGUAAAUUAAUCACGAAGAACAGAUGAGAUGAGAGGAGAGGGGAUGACCCCACAUGAUUAGUUUUAAUCACGUCCGUCUUUAAUCUCUUUAUAUAAACCCCUCUUCUUUGAUUUUCUUCCCACACUCACCACUUUCUCUUCUUCUUCUUUCUUUACGUUUACUAGUCAAGAAGAGGAAAGAUGAAAAUGCCAAUCCAUUCUGUUUCUCUGUGCUUCUUCUUCUUCUUCUUCUGUCUUCUUGUCCUGUCCCCAGCUCUUAUUUCCUCUUCCCCUGUUCAUGACCCAGAAUCUGUUGUACAAGAAGUACACAGGAAGCUCAAUGCGUCUAGGAGAAACUUGGGUUAUCUGUCAUGUGGAAGUGGGAAUCCGAUUGACGAUUGCUGGAGGUGUGACCCCAACUGGGAGAAUAACCGGCAGAGACUAGCUGACUGCGCAAUUGGUUUUGGCAAGAAUGCCAUUGGUGGGCGAGAUGGUAAAAUAUAUGUUGUCACUGACUCUAGUGACCAUGAUGCUGUAAACCCGAAGCCAGGGACGCUAAGGCAUGCUGUCAUCCAAGAUGAACCAUUGUGGAUCAUUUUUGCUCGUGAUAUGACGAUUCAAUUGAAGGAAGAACUCAUCAUGAACUCUUUCAAGACAAUAGACGGUCGAGGUGCCAGUGUUCAUAUAGCCGGUGGUCCAUGUAUAACUAUACAGUACGUUACUAACAUUAUAAUUCAUGGUUUACACAUUCAUGACUGUAAACAAGGAGGAAAUGCCAUGGUGAGGGACUCCCCAAACCACUACGGCUGGAGAACAAUAUCAGACGGUGAUGGAGUCUCCAUCUUUGGAGGAACCCACGUCUGGGUUGAUCAUUGUUCUCUAUCAAAUUGUCGAGAUGGACUCAUUGAUGCCAUUCACGGCUCAAGUGCCAUCACCAUUUCGAACAAUUACAUGACCCACCAUGAUAAGGUCAUGUUGCUGGGCCACAGCGAUUCCUACACACAAGACAAGAACAUGCAGGUUACUAUAGCCUUUAAUCAUUUUGGAGAAGGGCUUGUCCAGAGAAUUCCAAGAUGUAGACAUGGAUAUUUCCAUGUGGUAAACAAUGACUAUACUCAUUGGGAAAUGUACGCAAUUGGAGGAAGUGCUGCACCAACCAUUAAUAGUCAAGGAAACAGAUUUGCUGCACCUGAUGCCAGAUUCAGUAAAGAAGUUACAAAGCAUGAAGAUGCUCCACAAAGUGAAUGGAAGAAUUGGAAUUGGAGAUCCGAGGGCGACCUGAUGCUUAAUGGUGCAUUUUUCACCCCAUCUGGGGCGGGCGCCUCGUCCAGCUACGCCAAAGCUUCGAGCUUAGGCGCUAAGCCAUCUUCUCUUGUGGGUUCCAUAACUGGCGGAGCUGGCGUGCUUAAUUGCCGGCGGGGCUCGCGUUGCUAGUUUGAAAAUGUGUUGUUGGACUACUAUACUAAUUAGGUAGUAUCCAGAAGUAGAAGACAAAGGAGGAAAUUGAAGAAAAAGCGUACCCUAUAGAAUUAAUUGGCUUUUUCUUAUUUCCUUUUUUCUUUUUACUAUUGUUUUCUACUCUUGUCUUUUUUAUUUUUUUUCUUUUUUUAUUCAACUUUGAUGAUUACAACCUCGACCUGUAGCUCUUGGAUACCAUCGAAGGACUCUUUAAGAAUCUCGAUGGGCUGAGAGAAAACAAGUGCAGAAGCGUUGGUUAUACUAAAUUAUCUUAUUUAUAUCAAAGCUCCAUAUUUGUGUC